AUGGGCAAGGGAGAAGGAAGCUGGAUGGAGGUGAGGCGAAGAGGAGAGAACUCCAAAGCAAAGUUCAAGAUUGCUUCAGGGAAUCAUGGAGAGAACCAGGAGAAACGGGCUUGGGGAAACACGGUCACUUUUCUCUUCAACAACUUCCCGGAAGGAACUUGGUUGGAGACUCUGGAGAAAAGCUUCAAAAGAAUUGGCAAAGUCAUGGAUAUUUUCUGCCCUAGGAAGAGAGAUAUCAAGGGCAAACCUUUCGGUUUUGUUAGGUUCGAAAAGGGGAUUGAUUCGAAGAGAACCUUGGAAGAACUUAACAAUAUUUGGAUCGGAAGCUUUAAACUUAGGGCUUACCUCCCUAGAUUUGAGAGGGGAAUGGAGGGGGAAGCUAAGCCAAACUCCUUCGAAGGUAGUGCUCAGCAGGCCAUGGGGAUGAUGUCGCAGUUUACCAACGGACUACCAGUCAUAGCAGAUUCGCAUAAACCAGCAGGAUCUUCGAGGGGGAACCCUGAAAGGAAGACCUUUGCCGAGGCGGUUGUUAGAUCAAACCAUGUCUCAAAACAUCCUCCGGAAGCGUUUUUUGAUUUUGUUGCUUCAGAAGAAGAGACGAAUUGGCUUAAGAAGGCCUUUACAGGUUAUGUGAAGUCUGACUUUCCUUGGGAAGAGUUUGGAGAAGAGAUUAAAAGCGAGUGCGCAGGUCAUUUUAAGAUUACUCCUAUGGGAGGAAACCUUGUUCUCAUCCAAAGCGACAACAUGAAGUCGGUCGAUGAAUCUCUGAAGGGCCUCGACGAAUGGGCAGAUUUAUGGUUCGAGUGGUUUCGCCCUUGGAUGUUCAUUGAUGUUAACUCGCAAAGAUUGACCUGGACCAAAUGGUGGGGUGUGCCACUUCAAGCGUGGAACUCAAGAUUUUUCGAGGCUAUUGGUGCUCGGAUCGGGAUGGUUCUCAAGAUACAUGACCUCACAAAAAAUAAGGAUCGUUUGGAUACUGCUUUUAUUCAAAUAUCAAUUGGUCUGGCGCCGGUGAAUAAGACCCUCGAAUGCAAGAUCAACGGAGCGUUCUUCAAAAUCCGGACCCUUGAUGAGGAAGAAAGUUCAGAUGAGGAGAGCGACUUUGUUGAAGAGGGUGAGUUCGAAGAGACAGGAGUUCCGGCGGAGGCUCAGGAAGAUAACGGCGCAAAGGGCCCACUAGGGGAAGCCACGAGGGCGGAGGACGAUCCGAAGGGAUUCCAUUGUUGUCAUGAGUCAGCACUCCCUAAUGGGCUUGCUGAUAGUUUUUCCCAUAUUGAUUUGGGCCUUAGCCCAGCUGUGGGUGUUAAAGUCGCGGAGCCCAAAGUAGCGGAGCCCAGACAUAAAGAGAUGCUCUAUGGGCCGGGACCGGGCGCGAUCGAAAGUCUUGGUGAAGAUUGGAGAAACAUGAAGUCGGCGUCGAGGGGUCCUUCGAAGAAGGGGGUUUCAGUUGGGGAUGGGAGUCGCAGAAUUUCAAUCGAAGAUAGAGACGCCGAGGUUAGAGAUAAAGAAGGACACUCAGCUUCGACCCCAGAGGUUGAUCAAGAUGACGCGGACCACAAUCUUUUGGAGGAGGGUUUGAGAAUUUAG